UUUCCCCAGGAGAGAUUCCCAAAACCAACACAACAAGCAAUCCCAAGAACAAUGCAUGCAUUUUUAAUGACAACCUCUUUAGCAUAACACUCGCACAUCAAAAUUAUAGGAACGAAGUAGACCCAUCAACCCUCAUCAUUAAUUCCCUAGAUUAAUUAACUUCGCCGUCAUCUGUCCUCUGAUUACUUAAUUGCAAUGCAUACUACUAUAAACUAUAGAUACGAACGAUCAGCCUCUCGGUUGACAGUAGGUGCACACUUGUUUGGCAUCUUAGGACUCAUACUCUUGCUUGUUUGGCUCCUGCAUUACCGUGGUGGCAUCGACUAUGAUUCUGAUAAUUCAGAUCGAGUUUUCAACGUUCAUCCGUUUCUUAUGUUCUUCGGGUUUAUUUUUUUUGCUGGUGAAGCGAUGAUGGCAUACAAGACCGUAAUGUCGCGACACAAGGUGCAGAAGUACGUUCACGCCCUCUUACAUCUGGUAGCUCUAAGUUCCGGGAUAUUUGGGAUAUGCGCUACUUUUAGAUACCAUGACAUGAGGGACAUAGAUCACAUGUAUUCACUGCAUUCAUGGAUUGGCUUGACCACCUUUAUCUUGUACGGUUUGCAGUGGCUGUUUGGAGCUGCUACGUUCUUGUUUUCAAGAGGUAUGUCAGAGUCGUCGAGGCUCAGAAUAGUUCCAUGGCAUAUGAGUAUGGGUAGGGCACUGCUGUACUUGUCGAUCUGUGCUGCCCUAACUGGUCUGAUGGAGAAAUUCACAUUCCUUAGAAUUUCGAAUGUGCUGGGUCGCAGGGAAUCACACUUGAUCAAUUUCACUGGACUAGCAAUCCUCCUGUUUGGCAUCUUCGUCGAUCUCUCUGUCGCUCUUGCCCGUUAUGUGUGAUAUAUAGUUUCUUAAUUUAAGUCCAAUCCUUUUUUUUUUCAGCUGGUUUAUUCAGUUGAACACAUUGGGUUGGUGUUAUAUAUAAUGUUAAUUAUUUCCUAUGUAUAAUCCUUUUUUCUUUUGGUGUGAUUAAUUUGAGCGAAUUUAUGUAUUCGAGGGUUCAUGUGUAAGACCAAUAUAUUCAUUAUGAUAUGAAUUCAAUUAUUUUUCUA